UAAAACCCCGGAGAGGGGCAUUCCCGAAAGCGUUUCCAAACACCCUCGAAAACCCCCAGAAACCCUAAUUUUGUAGUCACCGCUUCGUAUAUAAUAAUACGACAUAUCACAGAACUACGCGAGGGAAAGAGGGAGCUGAUCAACAAUGUCGAAGCGAGGUCGCGGUGGAUCCGCGGGCAACAAGUUCCGGAUGUCACUUGGUCUGCCGGUGGCGGCGACCGUGAACUGCGCCGACAACACGGGGGCGAAGAAUCUCUACAUCAUCUCCGUCAAGGGCAUCAAGGGCCGGCUCAACCGGCUGCCGUCAGCCUGUGUCGGAGACAUGGUGAUGGCCACUGUCAAAAAGGGGAAGCCGGACCUCAGGAAGAAGGUGAUGCCCGCGGUCAUCGUCCGCCAGCGCAAGCCCUGGCGCCGAAAGGAUGGAGUCUACAUGUAUUUCGAAGAUAAUGCUGGUGUCAUUGUGAAUCCCAAGGGAGAAAUGAAAGGUACUCCCAUUUGUGAGCUCAUAUCUGAUUUAUUAAAUCUUAUGACAUUUAUGUUUUAUGUGGUAUCUGCUUGCACCCUUUGCACCCCAUUUGGUUGGAGAGAAGAUGGAAAAUAUUACUCCCCUCACUUUGUUCAAUUUAGUGUGAGAUAUGAGAGAAACCUAAGAAAAGAAAAUAAAAGUCAAUUAUAUCCCAAUCCACCUUUUUGAACCAAUCUAAAGGGGUGUUUAGUGCUUAAUAUCUCUUUUUCUCUCCAUUGUGGGUGAUAAAUAAAGCAAUUCUUUUUCCUCAUCUUUUUUCUUACCCUAUUCCCUUCUCUCCACUCUGUCAACAAGAUUAGAGAACUGAAUAGUUACAUUUGUUUUCUUCUCUCUCCAACCUAACAGAGGAUUAAUCAAAAGGGGUGCUGCCAUGGCUAGUGUGCAGUGCAUGCACCUGAGGUGCGGCUGCUGUGGUCAUAGCAGUUCUCUGUGGUGGAAAUUAAAUGCUUUGAACGUAUUUGAACUAAUUUGACACAUAGAUCAAUGUCAACGACUAAACAGGUCAUGUUGCAUUGUGCUCAUGGCCUUGGAUUGACUGGUGGCCAAUAAAGUAAUGUCAACCAAAAUCACAGGGUAGAUGCCUUGGUAAAAUUAGCCCUUCCAAAAUUAUUGUCGUUGAUGUGCUCAUGUAUUUAUUGUACUACACACCCUAUAAUGGCGUCGGUGUUUUUUUUUAGGAUAUAUACAUUGUUCUUGACUCUGUCUCUGUAUGGUUUUAUUGUGUAUAUAGGAUCUGCAAUUACCGGCCCAAUUGGAAAGGAGUGUGCUGAUCUCUGGCCCAGAAUUGCCAGCGCUGCCAAUGCUAUAGUUUGAGUACGGAUUUAAAUGUUUGGUGUCUGUUGGUUGUUUAUGGAGUUUUUCUUAGAAGAAACCAUUAUUUUAGAUACUGUUGUCAUUUUUGCAAUGGAGUUACUGUUAUGCUUGCAAGGUUGUUUCCUUGGCUCUGGAUGUAUUGGUAUUUUUUAUGGCCUAAGUUUAAAUAGUGAACAAA